AUGCAUUGAGAGAGGCAGCAGCAUCUGGUCAUCGGGACAUCGUGGACGUGUUGUUAAAGAAUGGCGCGGACCCUAAUAAAUCCCAAGCAUUGAUAGAGGCAGCAGAACGUGGUCAUCGGGACAUCGUGGACGUGUUGUUAAAGAAUGGCGCGGAUCAUAAUAAAUCUGAUGCAUUGGAAUGGGCAGCAAGACGUGGUCAUCAGGACAUCGUGGAAAUGCUGCUAAAGAAUGGGGCGGACCCUAAUAAGUCUGAUGCAUUGAAAUCGGCAGCAAGAAGUGGUCAUCAGGACAUCGUGGAAAUGCUGCUAAAGAAUGGGGCGGACCCUAAUAAGUCCCAUGCAUUGGAAGAGGCAGCAGAACGUGGUCAUCUGGACAUCGUGGACGUGUUGUUAAAGAAUGGCGCGGACCCUAAUAAAUCUGAUGCAUUGGAAUGGGCAGCAAGACGUGGUCAUCAGGACAUCGUGGAAAUGCUGCUAAAGAAUGGGGCGGACCCUAAUAAGUCCCAUGCAUUGGGUGAGGCAGCAGAAUGUGGUCAUCGGGACAUCGUGGACGUGUUGUUAAAGAAUGGCGCGGACCCUAAUAAAUCUGAUGCAUUAGAAUGGGCAGCAAGACGUGAUCAUCAGGACAUCGUGGAAAUGCUGCUAAAGAAUGGGGCGGACCCUAAUAAUUUUGAUGCAUUGGAUGUGGCAGCACGAAAUGGUAAUCAGGACAUCGUGGAAAUGUUGCUAAAGAAUGGCGCGGACCCGAAUAAGAUGAGGUGA